AAAGCUUUGCACUGGAACAAAAGGUUUUCAUAUACACGAUGAUGUGGUGUACCGUUGGAACCGCUUUACUUCUCUGCAGCCUCAGCUGCCUCUCUCUGUCGGCUACUGAGUCUCAGACGGUGAAGGUCCAGCCUGGUGAAGACGUCACUCUGCUGUGCUCCAACUUCUCCAGUUCUCCUACUCAGAUAAUCUGGUUUAGACUAUUCAACGGAACCCAUCCGCGCUGUAUUUCAUCCAUUUUCAGUUCUAUUCAGCCCGCUUCACUCUGCAGUGGAGUGGAAAAUGACAAAUUUGAACUGACAUCCAACAGCUCGACUCUCUUUCUCAAACUCAAACAUGUGGAUUCAUCUGACUCUGGGUUUUAUUUUUGUGGAUAUACCAUAAGAACACACCCAGUGAUUGUCAGCUCAGCAUAUGUACAGGUUCAAGAGGAGUCUGGUGAAUCAGUGAGCCUGAUGAGCGUGAUCCUGAGCGGCGUGACUGUUGUUCUCAACAAGAUCAUCAUUGGCGUUGUCGUCAAAAGGAGGUUCAGGACAGAAACUGGAGUCUGA